UUCUUCAUGGCGGAGUUGGUGAUUUAUGGGACAGAAUUGGAGGAACUUGAUGAUGAAAAAAGUGGUGUUAGUAAUAAGCGGCCCCUUGGAGUGGAGGAGCAAGUAGUAAAAGAUGAAAAAGGACGAAGACGUUUUCAUGGGGCAUUCACUGGUGGAUUUUCUGCUGGUUAUUUCAACACUGUUGGUUCCAAAGAAGGUUGGACACCGACAUAUUUUCGAUCAAGUCGGGAUGAACGAGGAGAGAAAAUCGAUCUCAAGCCUGAAGAUUUUAUGGACGAAGAGGAUUUAAGUGAAUUUGGCAUAUCGGCAAGGAAGAUAAAAACUUCGGCAAAUGUCGGUGAAAGCAUUGUUAAGAAAGAUUUGUUAGCUUGGGAGAGAAUCAAUGAAGAUCGUAGUCGGGGAAAAAAAGGAUUUUAUAAUGAAGAAACGGUGAAAGAUGCAAAUGAAAUGGCACCAAAUUUUAUGUUUGCGCCUGUCGACUUUGAUCCAUCUAUUCUGAAAUCUUCUCAAGGUCUCCACGGCUUGGGAUAUCGGGGGUUACAGCAAACUGAUGUUUUGUCUGAAAAAUAUGGCAUUUUAGAAACAUCAUUAAAGUUAAAUGAAAAAAGGAAAGGUAUUUCAGGUCAAGCUUUUGGUGUCGGUAUUUUUGAAGAUGAUGACGCCAACAUUUAUACAAAUUAUGACCUUUCUCAAUAUGAUUUUGCUGUUGAUGGAAUGCCUUCUAAUGUCUCUUGUAAUGACACAAGCUUCAUUAUGGCUUCAAAACGCCAACCUGCCAGGCAGGUUUUUGAACCACCGCGGAUCCCAUCUAAUUUUCGUCCUGUACAUACUCCUGCUUAUCCUAAUAUUUCCCAGAUGCCAACGGUUAUCCAAAAAUUUGGAGAAAGAAUGAAUCAUGUGCAACGCGCAAAAUUUUUGGGAGAGGAUCGAAAAUGCUUGGAUGUUUCUAAAAAUAAGGAUGUAAUGAAAAAUGCUUUUGAAGAGGAGCCUAUGAAACAAGCUCGAUUUAAGCAGUAUGUUAGUUACUUGAAGCGAGGAUUGAAUUAUCCUCAACCUUCUGACAUGACAAGAAUAGAGUGGGAACAAGAAUUACAUGAUUUUCAAAAUGUUCUCCCUCCACAAUUGCGAUCACUUAUACCAGAAGUUAAAAAACGGCAAAAACCAUUAGCACGCACAGAUUUAGCAGCUCCAAUAGCUAAUGUCGGGCUAAUAUAUAUAAAAUUUUUUUUAAAUUUAUUGAUCGUUGAUGAAAGGUUAGCAGCAGUGAAGAUGAAAAUGUUUGGUGAAAAGACACGAUCAGUUUAUGAAUGGCAUCCUUCUAAACAAUUAGCGAAGCGUUUCAAUGUUCCAGAUCCAUAUCCCUCCUCUACACUUCUGGGCGUUCCUCUGCUGAAGGUCUUUUUGCACAUGUUUUAUCUAAGUUUUGGCGCAAGCGUUAUACUUCAUGCGUUAUACUUCAUGUAUAUUUCCUUAUUUCAGAAAGGGUUUAUUUUCAUUGUGAUAAAUUUUUUUGCCUCUGUUUUGCAGAUUAAAAUAACUGAUGUUGAUCAAAAUGACAAGUCUAACACUGAAGAAAUCAGUGCUAAAGAAAAACCACCAGAAGAAUUUUUAAGUGCUAUAUUUGGUAACAGUGAUGAAUCUAGCACUGAUGUGGAGGAUGAUGAAGAAGAGAAAAAAAGUGAUCUCCCAUCAACAGCUACUGACCAAGAUAUUGAAAAUAACAAGAAGAUGGAGAAAGUUGAGAAAGUGUUUACGGUAAUGGACAUUGAUUUCUCAUCGGCUGCAAAUGAUGAUGAUACAGAAUUUGGACCUGCGCUCCCGCCUUCAUCUCUACCAACAAUGGAUCUCACUACACUUUAUUCUGGUUCUCAAAAAAGUGAGUUUUUUUAG